AUGACAAGUGAUAGUGAAGGGUAUCAGGGAAUCGGUCUCAACAGAUACACUCUCACCAAGCAAAUCGUAGUACUCACAGUACUGCUAGUUUAUUUUAAAAUUCGCUUGCUUUUCUCGAUGCCAGGUAUCGACUAUUCAAAAUGGGAUCACAUUGAGGUGAGCACGUCUUCAAGCCUCAGCGACGACGGCGGCUCUCACGGCCCUGAAGAAGCACACCAUGGUGAUUUUCAGAGGGAUGUCUGUGUGGAAAGCGAAUCUGGUGAAUCUUACGCUGGUAGUGGUAGAGAUCGUCGACCACGGGUCGUGAAGCUUUCAGGGCCGUCUCGUGUGAUGAUCGGCCCAGGUGGGAUGCAGCUUUCGGCAGGAGCUGAAGGCUACCCAUCUGCAACGGCGUCGCCUUUUCGAAACGAACUGUCGACGUGCGCAAAGCAGCUUGAGGGAGAGGGUGAUGAUGCGAAGCGGCUGGGAUCCUCCAACCGGAAUGUCGAGCUCGCUUUACAUCCCGCUAACGCACCCAUCUCCUGCGAGGUGGAAAAAGGGAAGGAAUCUGGGGGCGAUGACGACGAACACGAGGAGAUUCUGUAUCGAAAUCUUAUCUUAAAUGGGGGGCGGGAAGGAAACUCUCACCUGUGGGCUCAAACAAGCGAUACUUUCACGGUGAGCUUUAUUGUUCCCAUGGAUAUGCGGGGCAGGGAUGUCAGAAGCGUUCGCAUCUACAACGAGGAGGUGUCGGAGGAAGGGAAGGUGAGCAAGCAAAAUGGACUCCCAACAGCGCCGACAGCGAAGCAUUCGCGUAUCCGUAUUUUGUUUGCAUCAGCCUACCCCCUUCGCGAGGCAUUCCCAUCGAUAGCCGACCCCCAAGCGAGCUCCUCAGACUAUCUCAUGGAGCUUUGCAAGACUUUUCGCUAUGGCGUUAAAACCGACGAAGAUCUUUUGGAGGGGUGCUGGGAACUUAUCACGUUACACAGGCGUGCGCUGCGGCUCCUGGUGGUUCACCUCUUUAAAGAACCUAUCGGAAUGGGCAUUACGCUGUGGUGGGAUCGCUGUUUCGUUUCAGAUGUUGCGUCGGUGGUAGAUACGCGAGCCCUUGAGAGCCGUCGCGACUUGCCUUACUCCACAGCCGCAUCAUCAGCCAGAAAAAACGAAAAAGGGGAGUCCUUUCAGGAGGCUUGGAGAAAGGCUCACGAAAUGUUUCACUGCAAGAUGAAGCUGCUUGGAAAGGGGGAAUCUGUAUAA